AUGCGAGCACCAGCGUCGUGGAUGAAGAGUCUACUGGCAACAGCCACCUGCCUGGCGUCCAUUGCUUCUAUCGCCCAAGCAGACAUCCUCUGCUCGAGCCCCAACUCAGGACAAACCUUCAAGGCCGGCGACCCUGUGUCUCUCGCCAUCACAGCUUCGGCUACUGGAGGCCCCUUUGUCGCACAGGUCAACAGCCUGACCGCCACACUCGUCUGUACCGUCGCCGGCAACAUCCUCGAUACCGUCACGAUUCCAAAGGCCAACGUGACGGGCUACAACUACAUCAUCCCCUCUGUCGGCAACGUUACGACCCCUACAGGAACCGAUGGCGUCUGUGUCACGAACAAGUUCUAUUUCUCAUACUCGGGCAAAUAUACCGAUGAUGGUAUUUUCCCCAUCCCCCAUGACUUUGGACCCGCCAAGUGUGCCGACAUUACCAUCGUUCCGCAACCGUAUCCUGUCAUCCCGAUCCCAUCGCCCAAUAUCACCACUACCGCCGCCACCAUCCCGACGCCUACCCCAACAGACUCGACUACCGGUAAACCCAAGUCCACGACCACGACUUCGUCAAGUCUCUCUCCGAGCCCUACUUCUGGGAACAAGGACGAGUCCGAGAGCGACGGCCGACCAAAGACGUUUAUUGUUGUGGUUGUUGCUAUUGUCGCGGUGGUUCUCUUGGCACUGAUGGCGGUGGGGAUCAUGUUCCAUUUGCGCCGUCAGAGGAAGAGACGGAUGGAGAGUGCCAUCAUGCCCUGGUCGAACCAGAACAACAACCAGUUCUCGAAAAUGUCGUCGUCGAUGGAUGACGAUGAUCCUCGGUCCCCCGGGAGCCAUCAUGCGGCUGCUAUUGGGGGAGGCAUUGCGGCGGCUGGUGCUGUUGGUGCCGGGUUUAAUAAGCCUCAACCCAAGACCCCUCAGCCCUCGCAUGGUGGUCAUUAUGGAGAUGAUUCCUACGGAGGUGGUGGAUAUGGCCAGCAGCAGCAGCAUGGACAUGGUGGAUACUAUAACGACCAGGACGGAUACGGCCAACAGCAGCAGGAUGAUUUUUAUAACCCUUACUACGCACAGCACGCUGGAGGCGGUGGAGGAUACCAGGGUGCUCCUGGUGCUGCUGGUGCUGCUGGUGCUGCGGCUGCUGGAGGAUACGGAUACAGGAAUGACAAGCAGAGCUAUUACGCCGGUAGUCAAGGCGCAAGAACCCCCUACCAAGAAUCUCACGACCCUUACUCUUCCGCUUCACCCGUGUCAUCAGCAACAGGUGCAGGAAGCGCAGGUGGAUACUACCCUCCACCACCUCCAGUUUCUAGCAAUGCCGCUGGAGCACUGUCACCACCGACGCCCAGCUCGUCUUACUUGAACUCUGCACCCAACGAGCUUUCGUCGACGACGUUGACGAAUUCGUCGGGGACCGGUCGGGCACCACAGGCGAUCUUGCCCGAGAUGGGACACUCUGAAAGCGGUGAUGCCGCAGGAGGAGGGAUCCCUAUGAAGGAGAUUCCUCCUAAGUAG